AUGUCCCACACGUCGGAUAUCGAAGAGAAGAAGGGGGCGUACGCGGAUCACCCAAUCGUCCCAGUCAUGGACGCAGAGCACGACCCGAAAGAGCUGGCCGUCGCAGAGGAUGUCAUCCUCGCAGAGUCAGAAUAUACUGAAAGCGACUACAAGAAGCUCAAAAGGAAGUUUGACUUGAUCUUGCUGCCUUGUAUGAUGCUUGCCUAUGGCUUGCAAUAUUCAGACAAAAUCUCGUUAUCUUCUGGCGUGGUCUUUGGGCUCAAGACUGACACCCACCUGAACAGCCAGGAAUAUUCGAAUCUCACAGUUUUCUUCUAUGUGGCUUAUCUCGCGGGCCAGCUUCCUAUGGGAUACAUUAUGCAGAAACUUCCUCUGGGCCGCACUCUCGGCUCGGUUGUAAUCCUUUGGGGCAUCGUGGUCAUCGGCUUAGGUGUUUGCCAGAACUACGGCCAGCUCUCGGCGCUUCGUGUACUUCUUGGAUGGUUUGAAUGCGCCAUCACCCCGGGCUUCCUUCUCAUCAUUUCUUCCUGGUACAAGAGGUCCGAGUCCACUCUCCGAAGCUGCUUCUUCUUCGCUAUGAACAAUUUCAUCGGCGGAAUAUUCAACCUCAUCAUCUACGCCAUUGCCAAAAAGACUGAAACCGACGGCCACAUUGCCGGUUGGCGGGCUAUCAACUUUUUUCUCGGCGCCACCACCGUCCUCUCGGGUAUUCUCCUGUUUGUGUUUGUGGGCGUACCGAAAGAUGUGUGGUGGUUGAAAAAGGAGGAAAAGAAGAUGGCUCACGCGAGGAUCGUGGCUAACGGAAACGGCGAUGGCGCGCAAAAACCCUGGAGCUGGGCUCAAGUCCGCGAAUGUUUCCGGGACCCUCAGUACUACUUCACCAUCCUCUUCAACCUCACCGCCACCAUUCCCAACGGCAUGCUUGGUACAUUCACCAACCUCGUCUAUGUCGGAUUCGGUUUCACGCCUCUGGAGAGUGUCUUGUAUGGCCUGCCGAGUAAUGCGGUCGGGUUCACGGUGGUCAUUUGUUCGGCAGUCUUUGUGCAUUACUAUCCGAAGAUGAGGUUCCCGGUGGCUAUUCUGUGGAUCUUGGUGCAGAUGAUUGUAUUUUUAUAUGUCGGCUUAGCGGCAGAUGCUACGAAAUGGCAGCUCUGGUCUUGUUUCUUGUUCUCCGGUGUCUUCGCCUGUACCACCUUCAUGCUCUGGCCGAUCAUGUCUAUAAACACCGCCGGUCGAACCAAAAAGACUUUUAUCUCCGCUACCGGCCUCAUCGCAUACUGCGCGGGUAACAUGGUCGGCUCCCAAACAAUGCGCGCUUCCGACGCUCCUCGCUACCUGACCGGCCUCACCGCCAACGCUAUCGUCCUCGGUGUGGAGGUCGUGGUUCUACUGUGUUGGUAUGCAUACUACAAGUGGGAGAAUAGGAGGAGGGAGAGGGCGUUCGAAGCGUCGGGGCUUGGGUGGGAGGAGAGGGAGUAUCAGAAUAAGCUGGCUGGAGAGACGGACGUGACGGAUCUUGAGAAUCCUCAUUUCCGAUACAGCUGCUAG